UUGUGAAGGCCUUGGCUCCAAGUAGCAACAAUCAGCUGAUCUCUCGCUGUGAAGCUUUUGGUGUUGAGCUCUUUGGCGCUGUCUCUGACAUUAAAACGACCUGUGGGCAUUAUUGAACAGGUGCUGGAAGUGAAGGUUUACAGACGAACACGGACAUGGCUCCCACACUGUAUGAUGAGAAACCGGAGCCUGGGGACUUGAUAGAAAUCUUCCGGGGCUCCUAUCAGCACUGGGCUGUGUAUGUUGGUGAUGGCUUCGUCGUUCACCUGGCACCACCCUCUGAGGUCCCGGGUGCAGGCUCCAGCAGCAUGAUGUCUGUCCUAGCUGAGAAAGCCAUUGUGAAGAAAGAGGAGCUGUGGGACGUGGUCGGAAUGAACCAGUGGAAAAUAAACAAUAGCCUGGACAGCGAGUACAAGCCUCGUCCUGUUCACAUCAUAGUGAGGGAGGCGAGCUUGCGUGUGGGCGAGGAGCUGCCGUACUGCGUCUUCAGGGGGAACUGUGAGCACUUCGCAAACGAGCUGCGAUACGGAAAAGCCGAGUCCCGGCAGGUGCGUAAGGCGGGAGAAACAGCGAUGGUCAUGGGUGUGGCUGCAGCGGUGGGUCUGGGUAUCUUUGCUCUGGCAGGAGCUUUGUUUGGAGGCAGUAAAAAAGAAAAAGACAAGAACACGAAGUGAUCAAAGUCCCUGGAUGCGUUUAUUAGGGUUUGAUUAAUAGAUCACCACUAAAGCCUAACUGGUUGUUAUCAUGAUCACUCACUGCAAAUAUCUGUGUGAACUUUCCUCCAUCCGUCUCUCCGCUCUUCUGUUGUUAGAGUAACAGCCUGGUUGGUUUGGGAUCAAGGCCCGAUAUUUUUCAGACUUUUUUAAAUUUCUACAGAUGGCAGAUACAAGCACAAUAAAACAGCAUAUUAAACAAAUGAAUUAAGGUGCCAAGAUGAAAUAUAUGUUUAGAUGUUGUAAUAAGAACUUUUUGAAGAGGACUGUAGAUGUAGAUAUAUAGACUAUAAGGUAUUUUCUAUUUAUAAAAAUAAAAACAGCUUGCUUAUGAAUAAAUAAGCUAGUUGAAUCAGUUACCUCUGCUUAGUCCAACAUGGAUAUUUUACAUAAUCAAAAUAAGCUAAUAGGAUGAUAUUGUGGUCAUAUCUGACAGAAAAGCCAUUUAAUAUCAUAUGCACUUUUUAUUCUAAUGAUCUGUGGGCUGAAAGUAGACAUGAACUAAACUUUUCUCAUGACUUGUCACCUUUAGUUCACAAUUGAUCUGGUAUUUACAAGGUUUUGUCUUCCUCUGACAUUUAAUUGUUUUGAAUAAAGAAUAAUUUGUGUGAUUCUG